UUUCAAUGUUUAUUUCUUUGCAUGGAAUGUACGAAAUUUGUUUACGAAAACACACACACACCCAUGGAAAGCAAGGUAAUAAAAAGAGCACAUAUUGAGUAAACACAACCACAAAUCACAGCUUUUGUGGUUUCAGUAUUUUUAUAGUUGUUUGCAUUGUAUUAUUAUCUUAGAAGUGUCUUCUAGAUGGCAAAGAGCUGUUUAAAAGUCAUAGAUGGAUGAAACGGAUUCUUUCCAACAGUUAGACGUCUUAUACGAAAAUCAACGAGGGAUUACAUUCUGUGGAGCUGUUUACUUUUCAGAAAAGUCGCUUUUGAAUUUUGAUCCUGCUCCUUGGGUAGACGGAAAUUUCAAAGCGUCUCCAGUAAAUAUAAGAACGGCGACAUGCCCAGAUCCGAGUUGGGAAUGGGCCUGGCAAAGAUGGUACGUCGAUAUGAAUGGAGAUGUAGAUGAGUCGGGAUGGCAAUACGGUUUUUCAUUUGGAUUUUCGAAUUGGAAUGGAAGACCAAUAUCAUUACAGUCGUUUGUUCGACGCCGUCGAUGGAUUCGACAACGAAAAAAGACGGAAUACACAAGAGAUGACCCAAGGCUUAUGAAUGACUACUUCACAAUUUCUUCCUCCUACGUGGUACCUAAAAACUCAAUACGCCCACAACAUACUGGGAGUCUGUCAGCCAUCACAGAUGCUGAAGAAGAAGAAAUCGCAACUAUUCCCUCAUUACUUCAAUCCUUACAGAAUUGCCGAAUCGAUCGCGAAAAACUAGACACUCUUCUAAAGUUUCUUCGGUUUGCUAUCGCACCGGACAUAAGUUAUCUGUUAAGUAUAAAAGAAAGGGUUCUAAGGAGUUUUGUGUAUGAAAGCAGUUGCCGUCAAGCGAAAGAGAUGUUAAAUGACGUUCAGACAAAGCGAGCUGAUCUUGGUCAGCCUAAUGAAACCGGUACUCCUGGUUAGGAAACGUAGGUUUCCACAAAUCUUUAUAAUUCAUCAACGAACCAUUAAUCCAAAAUCAUUGUACUCUUUACUCCCUUCUUCAUGUUUAACGCCUAAAAUAAAAAGAAGACCUUAUUUAGUGGACAUAAUUUGCAGGGAAAUAGCUACUUGUUCAUUCCUUGCUCAUAACUUAUUGAAAACAUUUUCAUUUCUUCCUUUCUUAUCAUCCAUGAGAAUUUAGAUCCCUCGUCUAAGAUACCGUCUUCGUAGUUAUUAUCACUUCA